UGGGUCAGAGUUUAUCAACGUGGAAUAUUAUUCGCCUCCAUUAUAUAACGAAUGAUACCAGCGUCUGCUACUGAUUUAAAUAGCUACAAGGCUAAAAUUCUCUGUUGUAAACGCAGAUUGCUCUCGCCCUGGAGUGAGACUAAUUCCUUCUAACAAAUGGCAACCAAAUGGGGAAUUGCCAGUGCUGGCAAAAUCAGUCAUGAUUUUGUUACUGCACUGAGCACUCUACCACAGGAAGAGCAUAGAGUAGUGGCUGUUGCUGCUAGGGAGCUGAAGAGAGCUCAAGAUUUUGCAAAGCACCAUUCUAUUCCAACUGCAUAUGGUUCAUACGAAGAACUUGCGAAAGAUCCCAAUAUUGAUGUGAUUUACAUUGGAACCAUCCAGUCACAGCAUCUUGAAGUUGGGAAACUGAUGUUGAAUAAUGGAAAGCCUAUACUCUGUGAAAAGCCGUUGACUUUGAACUUAAAAGAAACAACUGAGUUGAUAUCAUUAGCAAAGCGGAAAGGGUUAUUUAUGAUGGAAGCAGUCUGGUCUCGUUUCUUCCCUGCAUAUAGCAUGCUGAAGAAAGAAAUAGAAUCAGGUAGCAUAGGUGAAGUCAUUCAAGUGAUGGCAAAUUUUGGGUUUCCAAUAGAAGACUUGGAGCGUAUAAGACUGCGAGAAUUUGGGGGUGGCAGCAUCCUUGACCUGGGAGUUUAUUGUCUGCAGUUUGCUUUAUUCAUAUUUGGACCUGUGCAUCCGAAAGAGAUUGUAGCUGCAGGGGAGUUAAAUGAAAAUGGAUGUGACAGGAACAUGGCCUGUGUUUUAAAAUAUGAAGGUGGUAAAACUGCAGUUCUUAGUUCAAAUGCUCGUGUAACUCUUCCAAAUGAAGCUUACAUAGUUGGGACCAAAGGCAGUAUAAAAUUGCCGAGCUUCUGGUGUCCUACAAGUUUAUCAACACCAGAAAAGAACUAUGAUUUCAUGUUGCCAACAGCAUCAAAACCUUUUAAUUUCAACAACAGUGCAGGUUUACGUUAUGAAGCUAUGGAAGUUCGAAAGUGCCUGAAAGAAGGGUUGUUGGAGAGUCCCAAAAUGACUCAUGCAGAGAGUUUACUUCUGGCUGAAUUAGAAGACAAACUGAGACACAUAAUAGGAGUGAAAUUUGAUCAAGAUGAUUAGAAAACCUUGUCGUUUGUAUAGUGAUUGACUAAUGAUAUUUCAUAUUGUAUAAUUGUGCUUCUUAGUGGAAAAAAUAUGAGUAUGAAACAGUAUAUUGUAUGUUUCAUAUAAAGUGAUGUUUUGUAUACAUUUUUGCAGACAAGAUAAGGCUUCAGAAAAUCAAAUAGAAAUUUUUCUCCCUCCCCCCUACCAUGCCCACCCACCAUCAUCUCCACCCCACCCCCAACCCUCAUCUGUGUAUCCUGCAUAUUCUAGUGAGCAGUUGUGACAACAAAUUUAAUGUAACAAACAGUUUACUGUAAUGAUUGAUUGUUUUUCAUAUUAGGGUACCCAGAGUCAUACCAUUAGAGGCAUUACAAAAUUAAAAUGCACAGAAUGAAGUCUUCUGAAUGUAACCAUAUGAUUGCAGGAUAGUAUGCUGCAGCUGUGUUCUUGGCUUUGCUGUCCACAGCUUGUUUCUUGUCAGUUCCAAAUACUCGUCGUCCUAUUGCCACAUCAGAGAUCUGCUUGACAGUGCGAGUUCAACAUGUAGGGGAAUAGUGCAGCAAAUUGAACUUAAAGCUUCCUUGGUUGCAGUAUUGCAAAUCAUUUGCCCCCCAGCACUCAAAUAGCCUGAUAAUGUAGUGACCCAACUUUCCCCUGAUUUUGACCUAAAGCAUAUUCUAGAUGUUUUGGAUUGGUUUACCUGCUGGAUGCCUCAGCAGAAUUGCCAUCACAGUAUUUUGGCAAUAAAAAUAGAUCAGGAAUUGUUGUACCUAGUCACAUGUCAUCUACUCCUGUGUCCUCAAGGUCGCAAAAUAUUUGGCAGCGUUAGGAGAUGCAAAUUCUGAGCAUACAUUUGUGAAAAUGAUAGAGCAGCUAACUACAUCCCUAUCUUUUCCACAUUGUUUUGCAUCAUCUUAAAUUGUAAUGCUUGCUUAGAUAUCAUAAAAAUUGUCUUUACGUGCAUAAACUAAAACACAAAUCCUUAGGCUCAAUUCCCACAUGGGAUGCAGAUGGGAUGUGACAACUCUCACUGAAGUGGUGCUGUCACAAAGCUGUGAGAUGGUUGUGCUACAAAUGGAUCAGAAUGUGUUGUUCAUAUGGAUAUAUUGAUUCAGUGGAAUUUUUGUAACUCACAAAUCUUGAGCAGCAAAGAAGAUAUUGGGUACAUCUGUUAUGGUUGG